AUGGAUGAUAGACCAUUUUUAUCCGGUAAUGAGGAGUUAGGAGCAAGAGAAGAUUAUGAGCAGCAAAUGCUACAAUAUUUAAAUGCUGUUGACAAUGAGCAGUUAGGAGCAAGAGAAGAUUAUGAGCAGGAAAUGCUACAAUAUCUAAAUGUUGUUGACAAUGGAGUGAGUGGAGAGUACGAGCAGGAGAUACUGCAACAUCUUGGUGAUGUUGACAAUGGCCAAUCAGGAAGUAAAGGUCAGGAAAUGCCUCAGGAGCUAGUUGGCACUGACAAUGGUAUGGAAGACAGAGCCCAGAAGAAAACAAAAUGGCAAAGGCACAAAGAGAUCGCUGCUACCAACUACAAAAAUUACCGGGCAAAGAUGUUCAUGGCCAGCCUCGAAAAGAAGGCAAUAUUUUCAGGCCAAUACAAUUUGUGCGGAUUCUGUCAGGAAAUGGAAGGUGUGAUACUCUGCGAUCAAUGCACUUCAUGUGCAUUGAUGUGUCCGGCAUGCGACUCCGUUCAACAUGCUAUGCGGCCAUGCCAUGAUAGGAGACUCGUGACUGGGAGGAAGGAAGGAGGACAGAAGCAGUGCUUGCUGCCAGGUGAUCUGGUGCAAGUGGAACCUGGCAAAGAAACAACUUUCUCAGUGAUUUCAACUCUAAAAGUACUUCCAAUAUCUCAGCCAAAGGAGUGCCAGUGUGGUGAUCGCAACUGGCAGAUUAGGCCUGGUAAAGCGGUUGCUGUCAACACUGAAAGAGGCAGAUUUGAUCUAAACUUGCCAGAGUACACCUGCACGGCAUGUGGUCUAGAUAAGCUCGUAGAAGCAGACGACUGCAUACACAGUGGAUAUUGGCCUGGAGACCCUAGAAACCUGACUGUCCUGUAUGACAUGACAGCUCUGGAAUCCUGGGACAGGUUAAACCGCACUGCACCAAUGCUGGCUACCUCGAGCUAUCUGACCAUUUUAAGGGCACUAAGUGAAGAAAACUCAAGGAAUCUCUACAUCUCGGGUGAUGGAUUCAACAUGGCAUACAGAGAGUGGUCUUUCUGCCGAGAUAAGCUGCUGUCUGUUACGCAAGGAACAUCAUUGGAGUGCCCUGCAUGCACACCCCAUCAACAUGCUGCACAUAUAGAUGGCAACCAUAAGCUGUAUAGAUUCAAGAGUGUGCCAAGGGGGUCAGAGGAGAGUUAUUUCCAUGACACCUUCAUUGACAGGGACACACUUGUCGACAGCUUUGUUGAGAAAGUCAGAAGUGGAGACAAGGCCACACAGCAAAGCAACUGCGGCAAAGGCCAUUUUAAAGCAGCUAAAACGACAGCGCCCAAAAGGACAAUGCUGGAUGAAACUGGCCUUGUAGUUGCCACGUGCAGGCAUGUUAUAAUGCAGAAAGCCGUCAACAUGCAUAGAGGCGAGAUAUAUGCAUAUCCUCUCUACCUCCAGGAGAAUUUCUGCAAGCCACAGGAUGUCAACUUCGUAUGCCAAGACGUGAUCUGCCGGUAUUGGCCCUGGCUUGCGAAAUGUGCAUCCAGGUUUCCUGAAUUCUUCCCCCUUCUCACAGAGAUGAAACCCUUCCUGUCAGUGAUGCAUGCAAAAGCUCAUACCUGGUCUUGCCAGGUGUGUUUAUUUACAUGA